AUUCAUACUUUUCUUCCUCGAUAGGAAACACGGCAAAAAUCUCCUUCAAAUACCUUCCUUCUGGCUCUUAAUUCUCCAAUUCCAUAUUCGUCUUCUUCUUCGUCGUCGUCGUCUUCAGUUCCUGGAUCGCAGAUCAAUGGCGACUCAUCGCAUCGAGUUCUUCGCCGUUUCUGCCCUACUGCUCUUCUUGCAAUCUCCCCUUGCUUCAUCUCAAGAAGUCGAUCACGAGGAUGAGUUCAGCUACGAGCGAGGCAGCGAGAUCGGGCCGAAUCACUGGGGCGAGAUCCACGAGGAGUGGGCCGCCUGCGGCCAUGGCCGGUUGCAGUCGCCCAUCGAUCUCACCGACAGUCGGGUACGGAUCCUCCCCCAUCUCGGCCGCCUCCGCCGCUCCUACCGCCCCGCCGCCGCCGUCCUCAAAAACCGCGGACACGACAUCAUGCUCCAAUGGGAAGAGGACGCCGGGAAUCUGCAGAUCGACGGAAAGGACUACGAUCUGAAGCAGCUGCAUUGGCACUCGCCGUCCGAGCACACCAUCAACGGACGCAGAUUCUCUCUGGAACUCCAUAUGGUUCAUCAGAGCGCCGACAACAGCACCGCCGUGGUCGGCAUUCUCUACACCAUCGGCCGCCAUGAUCCCUUCCUUUCCAACAUAGAGAGACAGAUCCAGAUGAUUGCAGACAAGCAUGAAGCAGAGGAAGCAGUGGGCAUGGUGGAUCCGAGGCACAUCAGGAGGGGAAGCCGGAAGUAUUACAGGUACAUGGGAUCUUUGACUACUCCCCCUUGCACGGAAGGUGUGGUCUGGAGCAUCGUCAAGAAGGUGAGGACAGUGACAAGGGAGCAAGUGGACCUUCUCAGACAAGCUGUUCAUGAUGAUUCCGAGAUGAAUGCGAGGCCGAUUCAGCAGAUCAAUGAUAGGAUGAUCGGUUUCUAUCGUCCCCUUCCAAAUAAUUAUGCAUGAGAAUGUUCUCCAAAUCUUUUGUUUCCGUUGAUUUCUCAAUUAAUGGUUUGUUAUUAACUGUACUCAUUUCUUCAUGUUUUUUUCCUUCUUUCUGCCUAA